AUGUCAUUUAACUUAUUUGAGCAGCUCAAAAAGCAUAAGAAAAACCUGGCUUUGAGUGUGGGCGAAGAUGACUCGAUAGUGAAUCAGCAGGGUAAUAGUUCAAAUAGCACGACUUCUUCGUCAACAGCAAAGCGGCUCAUUUAUGUAAACAUGGAUAUACCACCCGAUGAGCUUGAUGAUUAUGGUCAACCAACAGCUCACUACAUAUCAAAUCAAAUCAACACAGCUAAAUAUACUUGGUACACAUUUUUACCGAAAAACUUAUUCGAACAAUUUAGAGGCGUAGCCAAUCUUUACUUUUUGUUUUUGGUCGUUAUACAAAUGUUUCCCUUAUUCAGCACAUCUGCCUCACCAGUGCUAGUAGUUCUACCUUUGGCAGCCAUUUUGAUUUUGACAGGCGCAAAAGAUGCUGUAGAAGACAAUAAGCGUCAUAAGACGGAUGAGAGCGUUAAUAAAGCCAUCACUUACACAUUGUCAAAUUGGAAAAAUGUAAAUAUACCUGUAUACCAAGUUCCUGUGUGGAAAAGAUGGCUUAAAGCAUUGAAAAGCAUGCUGCUGUCACUUCGCUUCUCCUUUCAUCACCAUAACAAAAAUCAACAAUACGAAUUACAGCAACAUGCAUCUAGAUCAGGGCUACGCAGAACAGAUACAAACCUCAGUGUUGCCAGUAGUAGAUUUUCAUUCAAUCCACCAAAAUCACCUUCUGUAACUUCAUCGAUAAGAAAUACGCUCAAAUCAACAGCCUCAUUCUCAAAGAUGGUGAUAUCAGCGAAAACAAGAAAAAACCGAAUGCCUUACAGGCCAGGCCAAGUGCCGCAUUCUGUACUGAGAUCGAAUCAUUUGUAUUUAGAUGAGAAUGAUGUUAAGAAGAAGAAAAAACAAUCCACAUCAGCACGGCAGCAACUAGAUAAACGAUGGCGUCGGACAUUAUGGGAAAACAUCAAAGUGGGCGAUUUUUUAUGCCUUCGUAAUGGCGAUGGUGUGCCUGCUGAUAUGGUCAUCUUGUCCACCUCAGAACCAGAUGGACUAUGUUAUGUUGAGACGCAAAACUUGGAUGGUGAAACCAACUUGAAAAUAAAAAGAUCUUUACAAGCUACCAACGAGAUCACUACACCGGAAGACUGUGAAAGAAGUAAAUUCUAUAUAGAGAGUGAAGCACCACACGCCAACUUAUAUUCAUAUAAUGGUGUUUUGAAAUGGAAAGUCGAACAGAAUGACCUGAUCAGAACAGAAACAACGAGGAGAAGAGGGGAAGGAGGGAAUAGUAAUGAUGAAGGGUUCGCAACAAUGAUAUCGCAGGAGGGUUCUUUACCUUCAUCAGCGGGGCCAGCAACAAUCCACGAAAGAAGAGCGGGAAAUUAUCAUGGUCAGAGGCAAUAUAGUGUUACUGCUGAUGUAUACGAUGAUAGCCAGUCAGUGGACAGUGACGAUACCUUGCCUCCGGAGGUAUCGCAUGAGAAGACGGAGGCUAUUACAGCAAGUUCAAUUUUACUGCGUGGAUGUGUUUUGCGAAAUACGGGGUGGGUAAUUGGACUAGCAUUGUUCACCGGAAAUGACACAAAAAUAAUGUUAAAUUCGGGCAAAACACCAAGUAAACGAAGUAAAAUAGAAAAAGCUACCAACCCAUAUGUUAUUGUCAACUUUGUAUUAUUGCUUAUCUUAUGUUUGAUUUGCUCGAUUGCAGCAAGUAUUGUAUAUAAUAACGAAACGUCUGCAACAUUUUUCGAGAAUAAAGAUGCUGAAAGUGGAGCGAUGGAAGGAUUUAUCAUGUUCUGGACAACAUUGGUGAUCUACCAAAAUAUCAUACCUAUUUCACUGUAUAUAUCUGUGCAGAUAGUAAAGACGGCAGCAGCUUAUUUUAUUCAUACAGAUAUCGAUAUGUAUAAUAAAAAGCUUGAUCAGCCAUGUAUACCGAAAACUUGGAAUAUAUCCGACGAUCUGGGACAAAUUGAGUACAUUUUUUCAGAUAAAACAGGCACAUUAACACAAAACAUUAUGGAAUUUAGACGCUGCACAAUCAAUGGUGUUUGCUACGGCUUAGGCGAAACAGAGGCCUCUAUAGGAGCGAAACUCAGAGAGGAUGAAGCAGGAGGUACUACUGCUGCCGUGAAGGAUUCAAUGAAAAUUGCAACUCAAUUGGAUUUAGAGAAAGCCAGAGCAGAAAUGUUACAGAAGCAACGUGAUUUAUUCAACCAUGCGUAUAUCAAUCCUUUAUCUACCUUUGUCGAUCCACAAUUAUUUGACGAUAUCAAAGCUGAGAACGAGCAUUCACAGAGUAUUGUUCACUUCUUUUCAGCAUUGGCCCUUUGCCAUACCGUUAUUCCUGAAAUACCUGACGACCAACCUCAUAAAAUAGAGUAUAAAGCGCAGUCACCGGAUGAAGCAGCAUUGGUUGCUACAGCUAAGGAUAUGGGAUUCACCUUUGUCGGUCGCGAGCAAGACAAUGUCAUUGUCAACAUAAUGGGCGAGCAGCGUAAUUUCCAAUUACUGCAUGUUCUUGAAUUCAAUUCAACUCGAAAACGAAUGAGCGUUAUCAUGAGAUCACCGCAAGAUAACAGAAUAAUUUUGUUGUGUAAAGGCGCGGAUUCCGUCAUUUAUGAGCGGCUAUCGACUGGACUAGAAAAAAAGGACGAUGAAGCAUGCAAACGCCAACUUAAAUUGAGACAAGACACGCUCCACCAUUUGGGCGUAUUUGCCAAUGAGGGCCUGCGCACUUUAUGUAUUGCCAGCAGACUUAUUGAUGCAGAGGAAUAUGAGCAAUGGGCUAAAAAAUAUAAGGCCGCUUCGAAUUGUAUUAGCAAUCGAGACGAACAAAUCGAAAGCGUCUGCGAAGAGAUUGAGACAUCUUUGACUUUAAUUGGCGGCACAGCCAUUGAAGAUAAAUUGCAGGAAGGAGUGCCUGAUACUAUUGCUGUGCUUGCUGAAGCGGGUAUCAAAAUAUGGGUAUUGACAGGCGAUAAAGUAGAAACGGCUAUCAAUAUUGGUUUUGCGUGUAAUUUAUUGACAAAGGACAUGCUGUUAAUCAAUAUCAGUUCUCGAAGCGAAGAAGAAACCAUGGAGCAGUUGAGAAACUCCCUAAACGAAGUAGGAGAAAAGUCUAAAUCACAAAAGUGUGCAUUGGUCAUUGAUGGGGAGUCGCUCAAAUUCGCCUUAGAGUCCCAAUGCAAUAAGGAAUUGUUGGAAUUAGGAACGCAAUGCUGUGCUGUUAUUUGCUGCCGUGUCAGUCCAAUUCAAAAAGCCAAAGUAGUGAAUCUCGUAAAAAAGGGAUUAAAUGUUAUGACUCUUGCGAUCGGUGACGGCGCGAACGAUGUUUCUAUGAUACAGGAAGCAAAUGUAGGCAUUGGUAUAUCUGGAGAGGAAGGCAGGCAAGCAGUUAUGGCCUCUGAUUACGCCAUAGGUCAGUUCAAAUACCUCAGCAAACUUUUGUUGGUGCAUGGUCGUUGGUCUUACCUUCGUACUUCGGAAAUGAUCUUCACCUUCUUCUAUAAGAACAUUAUGUGGACAUUUGUGUUGUUUUGGUACCAGUUUUUUUGUGGAUUUUCUGGAACAAUGAUGUUCGAUUAUUCUUACAUUACCCUUUACAAUUUGGUUUUCACUUCACUACCGUGUAUUUUUGCUGGUAUAUUUGAUCAAGAUUUAAAAGCAGAAUAUUCCUUCAAGUUUCCCCAGUUGUAUCUUCUCGGGAUUCGUAACGACAAAUUUACUACCUCACGAUUUCUUCUCACCGUUGUUGAUGCGAUUUAUCAAUCCGUUAUAUGCUUUUUUAUACCGUAUAUGGUGUUUGUUGGACCUAAACUAAGCAGCAAUGGCUACGACACAGAAGGUGUCAUUGAAUUAGGAACCUUCAUCGCUGGUAUUGCUGUUGUAGUUGCCAAUGUUUUAGUUGGAUUUACUAUCUUUAGCUGGACUUGGAUUACGAUGCUCUGUAUUUUUCUUUCGUGCACUACGUUCUUCAUCUGGGUUGGCAUUUAUUCAAACAUCUUGACAUUUACAUUUUAUGGUGAAGCAAUUCUUUUUGGCGAAGGUACCUUCUGGCUAUGCUUAAUAUUGACCAUCAUGAUUUGCUUAUUACCAAGAUACAUUGCGAAAUACUUUUUGCAAGCAUAUUACCCAUUUGAUAAUGAUAUUGUUCGCGAACGCGUCCUUUGUAAUAGUAUUCAUUUUUCCGAUAUACGCGCCUCUGCAUUGAAUAUUUUGAAUCCCAACAACUCUUUAGUAUCAUCACUCUCAAAUGAAGAGGAAGUCUUACCUAUCAACUUGUCCAGAACGCGUUCUUCCUCAGAAAGCCAUCAUCAACAGCAUCGAUUUGCUCUGCCUUUCGUUGGGAAUAAGAGUUUCAGGGACAGAAAGCAUCCUUCGCCAGCUCAAUUUGAACUAUACCGUUCAGACACUAACAAUUCUCAAAAGAGCGAGAUUAUGAAUAUGAAAACGGGCAAAAGGAUAUCGUUCACAGGUUUCGCAUACUCUACAGAUGAUUCACAUGUUUUCGAUGAAUAUAGAAAAUCCGUUUAUCGAGCUAAUACAGGGAAUUUUUUCAGCUUCAAAAAAUUUGUUGACAACCAUUCUAACCAUAUCUCACAAGCGAGCUUCAAUAAUAGCCAAGAUUGGAUGCCAAUACAUAGUCUUCAACUGCGGCGUAGCGAAUGUGAAGAUCCAUCCCUGUUAUCAACAAGAUCUUCCAAUAAACGUAACAAUACUUUCAGCAAAAAGAUGCUUCACGCAGUUAAGAGACGUUUAACACAGCAUUCGAAAUCAAAUACUGCGAAUACAAUCAAAGAUAUAAACAAUCAUCAAAAAGAUGUUUUUACAGAAACGUCCUCCUCAAACCUCAACAUUGGCAAUGUACCACUAAUACCUAUCAGUACCGCUGUUGACGACAAGGAUAAAACUAAUCAUGCCACUAUAGCGGAAUUUCCGGUACCAAAAGAAGAAACGACAUACCCUAUAUCUCAAUUUCAACCUUUAGAACCUAACUUAUUGCAUGACCAUCAUCAAAGCAGCCAUUACAGCCCAACCUCGCCAUUUUCUUCUUCCAACAAUAACCAAUAUGAUUCUGAAGCUCAAGACCAUCAACAGAAGCAUACACCUUAUGCUAUUCCUUCAGACAGAUCUUCCCCCUCUCCUUCACCGACGCAUUAUUAA